AUGGCAUACGCCAACAUCGCAUCAGCAGCACCACCACAACCACACAGCGCCCAGGGAACACUUACUCUCCAGAUCCUCAAGUUCUCAUAUACUACCACCUCAGCAGACCGCGCUACUCCAUUAGCAUGGACAUACCUCUCAGGUGGCUCGGACUUGCUGGCUUCUUUCCCCACUGUUCGCGUGCGGGAUGAGUCUUCAAAAUGGACGAGGGAGAGCAGACUUUUGAAUGUGAUGAAAGGACGUGAAGUGUUGGAAGAAGUAGAUCUAGGAUUACUCGCACAGAAAGGGUCUUCGAACGCUGGGGGAGAUGCGAAAGCUCCAGUGGCUAUUAUUGUGAAAUCUGUGUUGAAAGAAGCAAGAUGUCAAAUUACCGAACCCCCAGUAACUAUACCGCCAUCGUCCUAUACAACAACCGCACCGGGCUCUGGCUAUGGAGGUACGGAUUGUCAGAAUGUCCCACCGACCCCAGAGUCAGUAAUAACAUCUACAUGCUAUUACGCUGAUGGGCCGGGUACUCGACCUGUGUCAUCUGCCUUUGCGGAAACGCGCCCGUCGUCUAUGGAAUCAUCAAUUACUCUUCCGAACUUGCCUAAUGCUCGUCCAAGUUCGAGCCUGGUAUCGUCUCGGCCAUCUUUCCAGCAGCCACAGCAGGCACAGGCACGGAUACAGGCGCAAGACACGACUAGGCCAUCGACCGCCCCAACGUUCCUCACCACCGAUUCCCUCAGCCAGUUCCUCCCUCCAAGGAGAGAACUGCCAUUCGCUAAAGCAAAGAAGAGGCCCGCUCAACAAUCUCCACAGGGUAGCCCCAGCCCCAAGAAGGUAGACAACCUUGGCCAAGGGAGGGAUAAUCAGCAGCAUGCUCGUCCGGUAGGUGCAGAUAUUGUAACCAGGACGCCAAACAUAGUUACACCACUUGUGGAAUCAAGCCUACAACAGGCGAUCCAUGAGAAGGUGAGGGAGAAAGUAAGCGAGAAUGGGCGAGAAUUGGGCGGUGGAAUCCCAAGAACCCUUCUCCCGUCGCCGAGUAUCUCUCCGCAGAAGAAAGGAGGAGGCCAAUACACCAUAGAGAACAACACGAUCACCAUUACAGACACAGAAGCGUCUGCCAGCGAGAAUAUCAAUUCCAACCGCAGGAACGAAAAGUCGCCCCCUUUCACCCGCGAAGAUUUGGCAAGCUACGCCUCGCUCCCUAGUGCCGAACGAUCCGACCUGAUCGAGUCGUGGGUAUGUCAGCAGCUGCAGAGCGACUCGUUCAUCACGCUUUGCCAGGACAUGGAGGGAGUCUGGAAGCGAGUUGCGUUUGGACUCUGA